CUUGUGAUGCUAGGCGGUUCAUGCUAGGAAGGGAAGUGUGCAGUCCUUACUAAACAUAACCGCCUAAUUUAAACUUUCUAAAAGCGAGAGACAUGUAGCGGCGACUCUAGUCUAAACACUGCAACUUGGUUUGUAAUUUUAAGCGCAGAUUUGUCUCAAAAACCAUUAGGCUUCACACUAUUGUAACGUAAGCUAGUUUAUAACUGUAACGUAACGGUUCGCGAAGUCACACAACCAGCACAGGACGAGUCCCCCACUAACUAAAACACCCCAAGACCAAAAGAAAUGCCAUCGAGGAAUCAUCUUGACAAAGUCGGCAGGAAGAAGAAGAAGAAAUGGACCGAGGAGGCCAUGGAACGUGCGCUGAUCGAGGUGAAGUCGGGAAGGUGUACGGUGAGACAGGCCGCCAAAGAGUUCGGCGUCCCUAAAUCGUCACUGGGGGACAGAGUCAGUGGACGGGUGACACCAGGAAGUCGCAGCGGGCCGGCUCAGCUCAUAACAUCUGCAGACGAGGAGCUGUUGGUGGAGUUCUCUUUACACAUGUCCAAGCAUGGUUUCCCACUGACAAAGCAACAGCUGGUGUCCUUUGCCUCGUCCAUUUAUAAGCGGCAGCAUCGGAGGGUGGCAUUUUCUAAACUGGGCCAGACCUGGUGGCUCAAUUUCCGAAAACGUCAAGAAAAGAACAUCACCAUUCAGCCAGCGGACAACGCUGUCCGUGGGAGGACAACGUGUGUGAGAAAAGAAGCAGUGGAUCAGUUUUUACAUUUGCUGAGCACUGUCAUGGACACUCGCGGGCUCAGAGACAAGCCUCAUCAAAUCUUCAACUGCAAUGAGACAGGAUUUCAGCUGGGCAGGAAGAGGGUGAUUCUCCCCAAAUCUACCAGUCUGGGCUACAAGCCAACGCCAGGCUCGAGGGACCACAUCUCCGUCCUGGCUUGCUUUAGCGCAGCUGGAGAGGAAAUUCCCCCAUUUAUUAUCUACUCAAAGGCCUACCCAGGGGGAGUAUGUUACAAGACUCAAGGGCCUCCGAAUGCCCUCUAUGGGUGGUCAGACUCGGGGUAUGUCAACUCUGACCUUUUCAAGAAAUGGUUCCUCAAGCACUUCCUCCUGCACGCACCGAAGGGCCGUCCGCUGCUGCUGAUUUUCGAUGGUCACAGGUCUCCCCUGAACUUCGAGGUGGUGGAAAUGGCUCGUAGCGAGGACGUCGUCCUCCUGUGCCUCCCGCCUCAUUGCUCCCACAUCCUGCAGCCGCUCGACGCCGGUCUCUUUGUUCUCCUGAAGCAGCGUUUUGCGGCACUCGUAGGUGACGGUUGCGCCACCGACACUCACUUCGCAGUCAGCAAAAAGGAGUUCUCGGGCGUGUUUAAAGAGACGUAUCAGGUAGCGAAGGAGGAGGAGGGUGUAAGGAUUGUGAAGGAAGGCUACAGGAAAUGUGGCAUCUACCCGCUGAACCACUUUGCCAUCAACGAGGGUCAUUUAAUGGCGUCGCACAGCAUGUGCCCAGCAGCUGGACCCUCCUUGUCCACAUCAGCACAGGGACUGCACAAUGUAGGAGAGCUCACAGCUGCUGGACCCUCCUCCUGACUCCUGACUCAGCAAUCUGUACUUUUUGAGUGACUGCAUAAUUGAACAAAACCUGUGUAGUUCUGUCAUUGGAUACUGAAUGGGGGUACACUCCAGCUUGAGUAUUGAGCACUAUCGGGGUCCCCAAGAUAAAUCUAAAGGAGUCAAAUGUUUUUUUAAUGCAACAAGAAAGACAAAAUGAGGGAGAUUCUCUCAUCAUUGUUUGUUUCUUGUAACAUAUCGGUAACUUUCACCUCUUCGGGCCUCUAAACAUCAUUCACAUGAAACAAGCGGAGACGGAACAUUCAUGUCAAAGUCAAGGCCGUGACGUGUGGAGGUUUCUUCACGAGCCAAAAGAACUCCUGCUGUACGACAAAGUUACUCAAGCUCAAGAAUACGGACAGUAAGUUCUGCUUGAUUUCUAUUUUAGUGGCGUAAGCGUUGGAUUAGUGUGCGAGGUGAGCGCUGUGAGCUAGCUAGCUAACUCUGUUCUGGACUGAUCGAAGUGGUUUAAUGUGUGUUCAGCUGACAUAUUAAAGCAUGAGAACAGAUUAAACAGAUUACAUCUUAGCCACAUUGUCAAAUGUUAUCUUGUUUGAGACGUAAUUACAGGAACUAGGCCGUUGUGAAAACUUAAUAAGAACAAUGUUUUUUUAAUACUGAUAGAAGUUAAUUCAUUUGUGAAUUAUAUUAUUCCUUUGCUUGAGUAUUCUGAAUGUACUCGGCCCAUUAAGUAGUUAUAAAAGGAAUGUACUGCCUGAAUAACGAACUAUUGAGGAAAGUUAAGCCUUUUUUUUUUAUUAUUUGGGGAGGGGUGUCUUCAGGUGAUCUCAGGGAGAAAAUAAAUGUAUUUUUUAAAUAUUUUUGCAUCACAAAUCUGUCCAUAAGCUUAACAGGUAAACACUAAAGGGGUUUUUAGAUGUGUGUGUGUGUGUGUCAUGUACGUGUUCAAGUCAGGUGAUGUAAUGUCACUGCAAUAGGUACAGCUGGCAACAAUACACAGCGGGGAACACAUCUUCAUGUAUUAGUAAUUAUGAUAACUGUGUAAACAGUCAGUGAAUGUUGCAGAACAUAUUUCGAUCUAUUUAAACAAAGUAAAUUAAUAUGAUCAUUGAAUGCCGCGUUACAGAAAAUGAUCCUCGCCUUUUUUUUCUGCUGAGCAAAACACUGAGGUUAGUAUUUGACGCACUCGAUCACUAAAAGUUGAUGGCUGGUAAAAUAUUUAUACGGCUCAAAUUGUGAUUAAUGUUCUUAUUAUGUUCAUUAGCCGAAAAGAACCCUUUUGGUAUGGAAGAGCAAACAUGCAGCUGUAAAGCAGUUCCUGUGGGCCUUUAGUAGGAAUACUCAAGUAAUAACUGUAUUCAGAUCAAUGCUUCAUCAAGCAACUAAAGCACUGGUCUGUAUGGACGGAGCAGAGCUGCCCAGGGCUCAGUUAAUCUUUAUGUAUGUAAAUAUCACACAUAGUGGUUUAUCACUGAAGCCGUUAUACUUUUUUAAUGCACUGACACAACAGAGUAUUUCAGUUUAAGAUGUUGCAGACUGCAGGACUAAUAUUCAAAUAUCAUAAUGUUUUGUUCAACCCCAAAUAAGCUAGUUUGUUAAUGACGUCUAGAAGAUCUCAUGCAUUCAGUCAUGAUGGGGAAACAGAAGCUUUCUGAAGCUCUGGUGUUCACUGCUUUCAAACACUUGAUACUGUCAGAAAUGGCGACAUCUUCUGGCCAACCCGUGGUAUUGCAUCGGUACGGAUGGAUUGACAGGUAGAAAAAAAUGUUUUUACUGCUUUCAUUUCUCCCGUUGUUGUGAAUGCAAUGUCGACAACACCUCGAAGAAAAUCCGCACACUGCGUUAAACGCCCUCAGCUAUUUUAACUAUGCAACGUUUCGGUCGAACAGAGAUCUUCGUCAGGCGUAUUGCUCUGUAGCUCUGAGAGAUCUAGAUCUCAAUUAAUAUUUAUGUGAGCUUCUGAUACAGUGUGCGGAUCUCUUGUUUAAUUCUCUCCUUUUUUAGAUUGUUUUUGAUCCAGUUCCUGUUGAAGUUUUUGUUGGGAUGUGCGUACCCUACAUACACCACCCUGUACAUCUCUCUGAUACUCACUCAAAUUUCUUGGCUGUGGACAGGACGUAUGAGUGUGUGACUGAAGAGGGUCCGGUCUCCACAGCACGGUCCGUCCUGCAAGACAGAAGAAGCUGUUGCACCAUUUUUCUCUCAAGACAGUUCGUGCUUGUGAUAUAACAAUUGGUAAAUGCAGGAAAGCAAGAUAGCAUCAGAUUUAGAUUUGUAGCUUUUUUUUUUUAAUUGAAUUUACUUAUAAAUUAUGACUUUGUUUUGAAUGUUGCAUCUUGAUUUCUGAGAGUACCUCGCUUCUUCUUGCUUCUGCUUGGAUUUAUGGAUCCAACAGCCGUCAUUUUUCAGUGCAUUCCGCACCCUGGUGGUUUGAAACACCGUGUUUCUGUUAACCUCUACAACACACACACACACACACUUUCUGUCAGAACUGGGUACCAUGAAUACAUGCAUAACUCUUUAAAAAAAAGGUUGAAAUGUUUGAUUGAAGUGUGACUUACCCUUUGACAUGAUGCUGGUGUUUUUUCAGAUGUUCAACCUGAUCAAAGUAUUUAAUGACAUUUUUUCCAGGUUUGUUUUUAAGUUUCCAUAGAAAUAAAACAAAACGGUAAUAGCAGUGUACACAAAUGUAAUAUAUUAUAUCUGCCUCUGUUGAGCCUUUUUUCCUGACUUCAGACACAACCCGUCACACCUGCAUUCUGCAGCACAACUCACUCAGGAUGUAAACAUGACAUCAAAGCAUUUCUUAUUUAUGACCUAACCAUUCUGAACAACUAUGCUCCUUUGAAUCUGAAUUAAGGAGCAUUGAUAAGCAUUGAAAUUACAUAUUUACACUAAAGCUCACCACAUUUGUUUAAAAUGAAACCGGUUGAAAAAUGUUCUACUAGAGUAAAGAAAGUCAUCCUGACAGAUUGUAAUAAUGUUAUUCUCCAUAUUUGCCGAGGAUCUUAACCUGCCCUGUGUGGACAGUGGUCCUGUCACACUGGGCAUCUGGUCCGUAUUCUCUUUGAGCUCCACUUAACAUUUUGACCUCCACUUAGUGUUUUAAUCUCCUGUGAUGAAUCUCGCAGGAGAUGUGCCAGCACCAAUUAGCCAGGUCAAAUACAUUAUGCAUAGAAAAUUAAAGCAACUCUGGCUCCGUAAUGAGCCCUUACCCCUGCAUAGCCAGUGGGGAAAAAACAACUAGUGUGCAGCACAUUCUUGCACCAAAUUGUGCUCUCACCUGUUGAGGUCAGCGCUGUCAGAGCAGAGUGGUGUCGAGCUUCCUCCGGGUCUCUUGUCUCAUACGGGCGAGCAGGUAUGAAGAUAUUUCAACCUGAGCCCCCCCCCCCCCCCCCUUCUGUUGUUUUAGAUUCCUCCCACUGAUAGCACCUGGAUGCUGUGCUAUGCAGGUCGAUCGAGGGGGUGGGUGGGUUGGUUUCCAUGUAAAUCAAGGGAGUGGGCAGACAGGUGACAUUGUUUUUUAGUUCCGUGUUUCUUGAAAUGUUACAUCGCAGAGUUGCCAGAUCCACACAUUCACAUUUAAUUUCUAAGGUGUGAGACGACCUCUUUAAACCAACAAUUUAGUGCUUAGUGCUUGUUUGUCUUUUUCAUACUGUACUGUAAAUGUGGCCAGAAAUGAAACCUUGCAGCUCAUGAAGAAAUUUCCCAAGAAACCUUUUUAGUGUUGUUUCCUCUUGGCUCCAAAGAAAGAUGUUCCUUCACAAACAGGCCGUUCCAGUUGGGGGAAAUCAUGAAAUACUGAUCUGAAGCUACAUGGAAUUUAAUCUACUCAGCUGUCUUAUCGUAUCCAAUCAAAAAUGUGCAACUUUUCCAGAGAAACUAAAACAAAUGUUAAGUAAUUUGACAUUGUAAUCAACUGAAAUGUUCACAGUGUGGUGUGUGGAUUAUUCACAGUAUCUGGGACACUGUCUCUGUAGACAGACGUUUUUUAAUGUUAUUAAAAAUAACAUGGUAAUAUAUAAAAAAAAACCUGCAGCCAAAAUGAUCGGCAUGGCUUGAUACAUAGGUUAGUAAGAAAAUAUUUGGGUGAACGUAUCCCUUAAACAUAGUUAAAAAGCCAAUAGAACUAGCACACUUUAUCUUUUUUCCUCUCACACUAACUUACGCACACAAACACAGGUAGCUGCAUAAAUUCAGCAUUGUGUCAUCCCUUCUUUGAUGCUGUGUCUCCGGUUGAAACAUUUGCACUUGACAAUGUCAAACAACACCUUUUAGAGACAAAAUAUUUGAGGAAUCCAGCAGAGCUUCCUCUGUUGGUUUGCCUCCUUGAACCUCAGCCAACGUUAUCGUCAGUAAAAAUUCCUCCUGCACAUUAUCAAAACAAGAUGAGUAGUAGUUGUAGGUGUAUUGCUCAAUGAAAAUUGUGGUGGAGGAAACAGGAGGACAUUCUGUCCUUAACUGCAUUUUUGUGUCAUUAAAACAUAUUCCAUAAACAACAAAAGGGACAAAGUGAAAAGAGGAAAUUUCAGUAAGUUUUAAAACCAAAAGGUAUCUUUUGUUACUAUCUAAUUGGAUGCUCUUCUAUAAGUAUUGUCACUACAAAGCCAAAUACAAAUUAAAAUGUAUCAUGGCGUGUGUGCUUUGUCUUUGAUGUUCAAGUAUGUGUGUUCUGUUUCACCCUGCUGCAAGACCAAUCUCCCCUUGGGGAAAUUUACCGACAGCCUUGUUUUUCUGUGGCCAUUUUGGCUUGGCUGCUUACAUUGUCAUGUAUUUCCAUUUUAGUUUUCAAAAAAUGGCCUUCAAGAAUUGAUAUUAUAAGACUCAUAUGCCUACUACUUCAGCAUUGUAUAGCUUGCACAUUAUGAUGAAAUAUAACCACAAUGCAAUCUUGAAAAUCUGGCCAUUAUGGAUGCAAUGCAGCCAUAACAUGAUAUGUGACUUUCAAGGCAUUCGAAUUACUACAAAUCAAAGGCAAGUUUAAUUUUGAUCAUAAUGUUUUGAUGCAUCUGAUAUGUUCUGCCUCCUGUAUUCAUCACUACAACGCUGCACAUUUGUAUGAAGGCACUUCACUUGUUCUUGCAAGCAAAGGUAGAGUAUAUGAAAAACAUUCAGAAACUGUAGAAUGUUUGUUCAAUAAGACUUCUAUUCUCUGAUCACAGCGACAGUUGUGUUUGAAUAAUAUUUAGAUAAAUAUUUCAAAAUAAAAUAUGAAGAUUUAGUAGUCUUCUAAUUCCCGAGUGUUCUUGAAUGCAUCUUUUCCACCA